AUCACCCGGCUUUGGUCACAGUUUGAAAUUGAAAGACCAUAAGCUCAUGUCAUAUCUGACCUAAUACCGCCCCUCGUUUACAGUCCUUUCUGGGUCAAAGCCCUGAGAGUCGAGCGUUGUACUCUGGGCGAUCACGGCCAAACGGGUGAUUCUAUCAACAUCGGGCGCCCAAUCACGGGUUCCAAGUGGAUCCAGCCUCUCCCUGCUCUCAGCCCCUCGUGAUUCAGUUCCGCCCCCUUGGGUCGGGCUCAGGGUGAAGGACCAAUCCGGGUUUGGGCAAGAUGGGUCGUAAAAAGAAGAAGCAAAGUAAACCGUGGUGUUGGUACUGCAAUCGCGAGUUUGACGACGAGAAGAUCUUGAUCCAGCACCAAAAAGCCAAGCACUUCAAGUGCCACAUUUGUCAUAAGAAGUUGUACACGGGUCCGGGCUUAAGCAUCCAUUGUAUGCAAGUCCACAAAGAGACGAUUGACAAAGUACCCAAUUCCCAGCCCAAUCGAGGCAACAUCGAGAUCGAAAUCUAUGGCAUGGAAGGCAUUCCCCAAGAGGAUCUCCAGGAACACGAACGAAACAAAGGCGGGAACAACGACGAUGAGGAUGGACCCGAGGCCAAACGGGCCAAAUCCGAUUCACCCGCCUCAGGAUUGGCGCCCACUCCGCCCGUGGUGGGCCCGGCCGGGCCUUUGGGUGGGAUGGUUGUACCCGGUUUGCCCGGCAUGGCGCCUCGACCGCCGUUCGGAGUCUCAGGGAUCCCUCCUGGUUGGGGGGCACCAGCCAUGCCCGUGAGCUCACCCACCACCUAUGCCAGUCAUCCCACGGGUCCAAAUGGGGCUAGACCUCUCUUCCCCUCGGCUGCUGGGGGUGGAGCCGCCUCCUCCUCCGGUUCCAAGCCCACGUUCCCUGCCUAUGGAGAUACCAACGGGGAAAAGAAGCCCGCCAUGAUUGCCACUACCACUGCAACCACACGAAUAGUACACCCACCCGAAGAUAUCUCUCUGGAGGAACGUCGAGCCAAAAUGCCCAAAUAUGCUCCCCCCGUCUCCUCUGUCUCAGCGGUGAGCACAUCACAGCAAGCGCAACAUCUUCACCACCAGGCGCAGCUUCCGGUGUCUUCGCAGCACCUGAUGUCGGGAGCAAUGAUGAACGCAUCCAUAGCUGCCCCACCCAUGGGCAUGCAAACACUCCCGAUGACUUCUCAGGCUGUAACCGGUGCGCCCAUGAUGGCUAAUCCCUUCCUCAUGGGUCGACCUGGAAUACCUCACCAAAUGGGUGGAAUGCCGCCUCAGAUGUUCCAACCACCACCAAUGUUGGGUGGGCCCCAACUUGUCAGACAGCCUUUUCCGGCAGCGAUGGUGGGGCCAGCUAUGUCAGCCAUGGGGCCAGCCAUGUCGGCCAUGGGACUGCCGGCCAUGAGUUUUGCCGCAUUGGGCAUGCCACCCGCAUCGGCGGCCGCUGCAAUGCCGCCGCGUCAAAUCCGGCUUUCGCCGCUCAACAACAACAGCAGCAGCUCUUUGCUGCCCAAUUAGCGGCCAUUGCUAGUGCACAGCCUUCUGGAUCCCAACAAGUUGCCUCGAUGAAUCCCGCCCUCAUAGGGGGCGUCCCUGUGUCCUCACCUGGUCCCUCAAAUCUUGCAGGAGCACCCGGUGGACUUAUAUUUUUGCCACGUUUACCCUGAAUAUUGUAAGCCUUUCCCAUUGGCCCACCUAAUCCCCCCAAACUAUUGAAGCAAAGCAUAUGUCGGUUUCAUUUUAAUUCGAGUGUGUGCUAAUCUCAUCUUGACGCCUCCAACGCCAAAGUCAUCCCAGGAAGACAUGUGUCCUUGUCGAUGAUCUAGCUCUCUAGCUAGUUAGUUUUUGUUCCCAGAGUUCGUGUGUGUGUGUUUGGCGACCAACCCGGCUCACCGAUGGUUUUCUUUCUCUCUUUUAAGAUACCUUUGGAAACGGUAGUAACCACCAUUAUGAGCCCCGUGCACCUUGGCGGCAUAGACGCCAUGACCCAGGAUCCUCACAACCCCCCUCCAACGGCUGGUCUCAGCCUCAAAGGUCGUCCUGACCCAAGGAGUCCUUCACGGACUUUUAGGUGGCUCUCUUCAAGGUACCGUCUUUGCUCCUUUCUCUCUCUCUCUCUCACACACCUUCUCACUUCUCUCUGGUCUUCAACGCUUUGUUUGGUUGCCCAAUUCUGACAGGGGCAUUAAAAGGAAAUUUAUAACUAGCCGGGCGCUAAGAAACAAUUAGUGAUUGUUCACCCUGUUUUCGGUGCCCUUGUAAUUUAUGAAAUAGGCCGUUUUAGUCAGACAACGACCUCGUCCUGUAGCUUCUUGAUGAUAACUGAGCAUGAGUUUUUGCCUGAGCCGAACUUUCAAAUCCCCCCAGGACAUCAUUACCAAACAACCAAUGUCUUCCCCAUCUACUUUUAGAUUCGUUUCUUUGCUAGAAAAUUGAAUUUUAUGCCAAUCGCAAACAAGUGCUUCGUCGCACUGGCCGAGAAAAAAACCGGAUGAUUUCAAUUCCUUUUCCGUGUCUGCCUGACUCACUGGAAAUGCACUUUUGAUCUGUACUUAAAUGUUGCAAUUGGUUUCUGUUCGUUUAUAUAGUGAUGUCCCCUUUUUUUUAUUGAAUCCAUGGUCAUCUCCACAUUAUCAUCACCUUCAGCAACAUCUGGAUAAUCGUGAUCCAUCACCACUUUCCGUUUUCUCGUUUCCAUCCAAAAACUAUUCUAGGACUAAUAUCAUUUCCGCCAAUCGGAUUUAACUCUGAAGAGACAUGUUCCCCCUCUUUUAGCACUUUUUGUAGUCGGUGUUGGUCUUGGUUUAGGGGAAUGGCAUAUAGAUUGUAGAUCAAGGUUUGUCUCCCUGAAUUGGUGAUGCCUUUCGAAUGCUGGGCGAAUCAGAUCCCAAUAUCCUGAACCCAAUUGUUAUUUUCAGACGGCAGAAAUUAUCAGAGACCUUUCUAUUAACGUGAUCUCGAAGACUUCUCCUUCUCCACAUACAAAAACACCUUGCUCCAAACAAAAACCUGCGUACAUAAUGACGAUGUAUUUGUUCACAUUGUGGUUAAGAGCGACAAAAGGCAAUCUCGAUUGACCAGGGAAAAGAGCCUUGGUCUGAUUUGUAAGGGAAAAGAAUAUCCAAGGUUCUGACCAAAACCGACAAAUAACAUUAUUGUGAACGCUCCUCAAAGCGGCCGGCAUUUGUUCAUGUGUCCAUUCAUGCAACUCACUAGAAUUCUUAUUAUGAUUAUCGUUCCGCAGCAAUUAAUAUUCCGAUGAUCAGUUGUUUCACGCAAUGCUAUGUUCUUUUGAAAUAUACCGCUACCCAUGGAAA